GUCAGCCUCCACAAGAAUUCUCGUUGCUGCUUGGUGGCUGUUUUCGUUCCUACUGGUAUCGUCAUACACCGCCAACCUGGCGUCCUUCUUGACUCGAGAAAGGCUCCGGUCACCAAUAGAAAGCGUCGAAGACUUGGCAAAGCAGACCGAGGUUCUGUAUGGCUGUGUCCGCUUUGGAUCUACACAGGCUUUCUUCAAGGAUUCCAAACAUGAGACAUACGAGAGGAUGUGGAAUGUCAUGAAAGACAACCUGGUAUCGUCCAACGCCGAGGGCGUUGAGCGGGUAGAGCGUGGAGGCUACGCCUUUCUGAUGGAAUCAACCAGCAUAGACUAUGUGGCUCAGCGUCGGUGCGAACUCACGCAGCUCAGAGGGCUUCUGGAUUCAAAGGGAUAUGGUAUUGCGAUGCCACAAGGUUCACCGUACCGCAGCGUACUCUCAUCAACUAUUCUACGUCUUCAAGAAAGCGGGAUAUUACAAACGCUCAAGGACCGCUGGUGGAAGGUCAAGGACCCAGUGAGGCGAUGUCCUGACGACCAGGCGGCGUCCAGGACCGACGCGGUGAGCGAGCUAGGCCUGCCCAAGGUGGGCGGCGUGUUCGUCGUACUGCUUGCCGGACUUGGUCUGGCUUGUCUCAUCGCCUUCGCCGAGUUCUUCUUCAAGGCGCGUUCAUCGCGCGAAAAGCGUCGCAAUGCUUCGGACAGGUGCCUCGACAUCGGGACGACCGGUAGAU